UGUCAGGGCUGGGCACUGGGGACAGCCUUGUCUGCUAUUUCUUCGCUUGACUUAUCUUCUCUCUUCCUUCCCAGUAAUAAUGAUGAUUCAACUUUGAUUAGUUUUUCUCUGUACAUCUCUCUGGAUUCUCUUCUCAAUUCUCAGCAUAUAUUGUCCUUCCUGAGCUGAGCUCCUCCUUUGAUCCUGUCUCUCUCUCCUUGACCCUGUCAGUCAGGGGGGUUGAUCAUCUCUGUGCUUACAGUCAAAACAAAAACAAUCAAAAGUUUUGAGAACCCAUUAAAGCUCUCUCGCUCCACUGCGUAUGUGCCCAGACUACAGAGGUUGUACAGAAAGUCUCGUGUCUCGGAUCCCAAUAUACGGUCUCUGGUGAACGCCAAUAACGAGAAAACUGCCUGCCUGCUUUUUCUCCACUCACGCUCAAGUAUAAAGGGUUGUGGUCCUCCAAACCCCACCUUUCCUUUUAGCUUUCGCAAUUCGCAAUAAUAUUUUCUCGCUCUCUCUCUCUAUUCCCCUUUUUCCUUCCUUCCUCUCUUUUUGUUUAUUUUUUUUUUUCAGCUGUUGCAUUCCCCGCCUCUUUACAGCUUCCAUUCACCUUUCGUACAGAAGAGAUUGCUUUGAGGCUUUGAGCUUGAGCUCCUGCUAAUGCAAGAACCGGGUUUAGGAAUGUUGGGUCAUGGUAUUGGCGGUGGAGGCAUUGGUGGACUACACAACGACGUUUCCCUGUCGGUAUCGGUAGCUGUUUCGGCCGAGCAACAACGGCAGCUCAAGGCCGAGAUCGCUACUCAUCCUCUCUAUGAGCAGCUAUUGACAGCUCAUGUUGGGUGCCUCCGCGUUGCUACACCAAUUGAUCAGUUACCUCUCAUCGACGCUCAGCUCGCGCAGUCUCACCAUAUCUUUCGAUCCUAUGCUUCCCUACAUCAAAACCGACACCAAGUGCUCUCUCCCCAUGAGAGACAGGACCUUGACAACUUCUUGGCUCAAUAUUUGUUAGUCUUGUGUUCCUUCAAAGAGCAGCUUCAAAACCAUGUUCGGGUCCAUGCCGUCGAGGCUGUUAUGGCUUGCCGUGAAAUUGAGCAGUCCUUCCAAGCUCUUACCGGAGUAACUCUAGGGGAAGGAACUGGUGCAACGAUGUCAGAUGAUGAAGACGAACUGCAGAUGGAUUCUGCAUUAGAUCAGGCAGGUGCAGAUGGGCAUGACAUGAUGUCAUUUGGUCCAUUGCUUCCAACCGAAUCUGAAAGAUCUUUGAUGGAGAGAGUUAGGCAGGAAUUGAAGAUAGAGCUGAAGCAGGGCUUUAGGUCAAGAAUUGAAGAUGUAAGAGAGGAAAUCUUAAGAAAAAGAAGGGCAGGAAAGUUGCCUGGUGAUACAACUACUGUCUUGAAGAAUUGGUGGCAACAACACUCAAAGUGGCCAUACCCUACGGAAGAUGACAAGGCAAAACUAGUGGAGGAGACAGGCUUACAGCUAAAACAAAUUAACAAUUGGUUCAUCAACCAAAGGAAGCGGAAUUGGCACAGUAAUUCUCAAUCAAUGACAGCUUUAAAGUCCAAACGCAAAAGGUAGACAGAUUGAUUUUGUUUGUCCGAAGAGAAACCAUAAUGAGAAACAUACCUUUUGGAGAUGAUCUGUUAUGUAAGUUAAGCAAGAGUUGGUUCUAGUCAAACAUAUCUUACAAAAGAGAAAGAAAUGUUAGCAGCUAGACAAGUUUCAGGUACAGAAUGAAAUAUAAGCAGUUAAUGUGCCAUUAAUAUAGUUGCAGAUUUCUCUCUCA